GAGCUGCUUGCCUAUCCUCCGUACGUAAACGCUCAAAGCUCUUAUCUGCCGAUUCCUCGAGGUGUCAGUGUACCACAGUUCGUUGUUGUUGUUGCUGCUGCUGUUGUUUAUUAUCAUGUGCUCGGCUAGUGGUCUCGGUUGGUGCUCCGAGUGCAGACGAUAAAAGUGCGGAAAAAUUUCUUUUUGCCGCAAGGAUGUGGCCGCGGUCGAGUCGCGGCAGUUCAUCGGGCCCAGCUCGACUGUUGUCCUCGUGCUGUCUCGUCCUCGUUCUCCUCGUCAGCAGCACGGCGAGCUUGAAAAAUUUGAGGAUCGUCGCGCCGGAGCGGGUGAGGCUCGGCGACUCGGUGCUGCUCACCUGCAGCUACGACCUCGAGGACGCCCAGCUCUACGCGAUAAAAUGGUACUUCGAGGACGAGGAGUUCUAUCGCUACGUGCCCAAGAAGGAGCCGUCCCACGACACGUUCUCGGUGCGCAGCAUACAAGUCAACGUGUCCGGAUCCAACAUGCACGACGUGACGCUGGUCAACGUGCGGCGAAAGCACACGGGCCGAUACAAGUGCGAGGUCUCGGAGGAUCAGCCGCGCUACGACACCAAGCUCCAGGAGGCCGACAUGUUCGUCGUUGACGUGCCGGAUACCGAGCCAAGGAUUAUGGUGGAGAAGCAGCGCUUGGCCGAGGGCGAGACUCUGCGGGCCAACUGCACGUCCGGCGCUUCUCGACCCGCUGCCAAUAUAACCUGGUCGCUCAAUGGAAAGCUCCUGGACAAUCGGAGAAUGAAGUACAACACCCGCACGCAGACGCUGCUCGCGGGCACGGGCGAGGACGGCCGCCAGCGGACGCGCUCCUGGCUCACCGUCGACACUCAGGGCUUGUUCGAGGACUAUCGCAUAAGGCUGCGCUGCUUCGCCCAGAUACAGCCGGUCUACAAGGUAUCCACGUCGCUGGACGUGCGCCAGGACGGGCCCUACGUCGCCUCGCCGCACAGUCAUCAAUCCAGUGGGAGCAGUUCGAUCGUUAUCGCGACAUCCCCGUGGCCUCGUGAAGCUGCUAUUGCCGCCACGGCGCUGGUCUUGGCUUCUUCGCUAAUGACGCCGACAAGGUGAUUACGAAACUGAACAUGUGCCGAAGAAGGACUAUCCUAUAUCUAUACACAUCACCAGCCGACGUCGACGAUUCCUUGGGAAAUUAUGCUGCGCAAACAUCGAGUUUCGAUCUCUGUCUCGCUCGCUCGCUCCGAAUCACGUCUCCUCUAACAUCGUCCAAAAACUAUACUGCCUCAACGUGUGUGUGUCUAUAUGUGUAUACGUGUGUUAGCGCUAUAGCGAGUGAGCGAGAGCUUAAUGCGACAUUUAUAAUACGUCGAUUACGGAGAGCUUCCACACGCGGCGAAAAGUUGAGAGUCGAGAAUUUCCUUCCGGAAUACGGAUACGCGAUAUAUAUAUAUUUGUACAGUGAGCUUAGGUUAUUAGAUAGUUUAAUAAUUGUUGAAUCAUAAGUAAAGAGUAAUUCAAAGUUCGACUACUCGCGCGUCGCUAAUUAUAUAUAAAGAUAUACGGGGGGAAAAAAAAAUGAUAAAAAUAAAAUAAAAAAGAUAAACACAAACUAAACUGCAACGUUAUCCGUGAUAUAUGAUAUAUAUAUACUUCGCUGGAGGAUAAUACAUCGUGUGAUACGUAAUAAGCCGACGAUCUACUAUAUAUAUAUAAAUAUUUAUAUGUUGAUGUUGCGAAUUACACGAGAUAAUGUGAACGUUUUUUGUUUCUUAUUUUUUCGUAAUCGUCUCGCGAACGAGUCAAUAAAAAAUGUGCGUAAAUUAUUUUUCACGAAUUCAUCACGAGUUAUUUUCUUUCCUUUUUCUCGCUUCGUCGAGUGCGAAAUCAUCAUGAUGUGUGGAUGUGAAUUAUUGUACGUCGGGCGUGCAGAAUUGAAUAAAACGCUGUACUCCUCGUGACGCAUAUAACGAUUGAACGAAUAAUAAUUAAUAAUAAUA